CGACCCAAACAGAUCCAAACCAUCCUCUCAAUCUCCCAACUCCCAAGUCAUCAAAAUCAACACCUCAAAACCCAAAGCUCCAAACCACGCGCGAAGCACUGUAUCACCCCUCCCCUUCCCUCUCUAUCUCUUCCAAAAACAAGGAGUCCCUCCCCUGUCGUAACAGAUCUCGAUCAAAUGGAGUAGUCUCAAUCUUUUAUUAAAAAAAAAAGAAAUUAAAAAUUAAAUUAAAUUAAAUUAAAUCGAAAAGAAAAGAAAUGGAAGUGGAGAGAUCGUCGCUGUGCAAUUGCGUGGUGAAUUUCUUGUUAGAAGAGAAAUACAUAUUAACAGCAUUUGAAUUGUUACAAGAAUUACUAGAUGAUGGAAGAGAUGAUCACGCUAUUCGUCUCAAAGAAUUCUUCUCUGACCCUUCUCACUUCCCUCCUGAUCAGAUCUCUCGCUUCAACUCUCUUCGAGUUGCAGAUCCUCAGAGUUUGUUAGAAGAGAAAGAAGCUAUGGAAGAAAAAUUAGCACUUACUGCUUACGAGCUUCGUUUAGCACAAGAGGAUAUUUCUAAGUUGAAGACUGACUUACAGAAGAAAUCAGAUUUGUCACUGGCUGAAUUGAGUGAGUCGAAGUCAAAUUUUUCUGUUAAUCCGGGACCAGACAUUGUGCGACAAAAGAAGAAUGCUUCACUCUCUGACUUGGGCCCUUUGAAAGAUAAUGAGCGUAGAGAUCUUAACUGUGCUGUAAAGGAAUAUUUACUUUUAGCAGGGUACCGGCUUGCUGCAAUGACAUUUUAUGAAGAAGUUACAGAUCAGAAUUUAGAUGUUUGGCAGAAUACACCUGCAUGUGUCCCAGAUGCCUUGCGCCAUUAUUAUUAUCAAUACCUUUCAUCCACUUCAGAGGCUGCCGAGGAGAAAAUUGCUAUGCUUCGAGAAAAUGAGUCAUUACUAAAAACAAAUGAAAGGCUGAAUAACGAAAAGGAGAAGUUGCUGAUAGCUAAAGAUUUGUCCGAUAAUCAAAUUAGUGGAUUAACUAAAUCCUUAGAAGCCAUGCAAAAGGAUCUCAAGGACAGGGAGAGCCAAAUACAAGAGUUGAAGCAAUCAUGGGAGCGCCAAAGAAAGGAAAUCAAUGAUUGCAGAUCUGAAAUCACUUCAUUAAAAAUGCACAUUGAAGGAUCCCGUUCUGGAAUGAACGUGUUAGCUAGUGAUGUUGAUGCUGUUCAAUCCCAGUCCUUGGAAAAGUACAAGGAAGAAAUAAAGUCAUUGCAGAUGGAAAUAGCAGGAUUGAAGGCAAAGGGAGCAUAUGCAUCCGAAUCCAUAGAUAACUCCACUUCUGAGAAAGAGACUUGUCAGGCUGAAGAGAAAGUGGUUGAAAUAGAUGAAGAUAAAACUACAGUCUCCCACCCAGUUGAUGUGGCAGGAGUUUUGGGCAAUGGAGAUGUUCUACCACUGUCUAUCAAUGAAACCAAUAAACCUGAGGAAGUUAUGGAAGAUUUAUUGAACAGUUGUUCAGAUGAAAAUGCCCUUGUUGAUAACAGUGUAUUGGUCACCAAACAAAAUGGUGAAGCACCAUCAGAAGAUGGUAGGUUACAACUAGAAUCUGACAACUUGGGUGAUAAAGCUGCUUCUGAGAAUAUGGGCCUACGAACGAUUGAGAUCCUUGCUGAUGCUUUGCCCAAGAUUGUUCCUUAUGUUUUGAUCAAUCACCGAGAGGAGCUUCUUCCCCUAAUGAUGUGUGCAAUUGAGUGUCAUCCAGAUAGUGGCACACGAGACUCCUUGACCCACACACUGUUUAAUUUGAUAAAACGUCCGGAUGAGCAGCAGAGACGAAUUAUAAUGGAUGCAUGCGUUAGUCUUGCUAAGAAUGUAGGGGAAAUGAGAACAGAAACGGAAUUGCUUCCCCAGUGUUGGGAACAAAUAAACCAUAUGUAUGAGGAGCGUAGGUUGCUUGUGGCUCAAUCUUGUGGAGAGCUUGCAGAAUUCGUCCGCCCUGAGAUUCGUGAUUCUCUAAUUUUGUCCAUUGUGCAACAGCUGAUAGAAGAUUCUGCAACUGUUGUACGAGAAGCUGCUGCUCAUAAUUUGGCUUUGCUACUUCCACUAUUCCCAAAUGUGGACAAAUAUUUCAAGGUAGAGGAGUUGAUGUUCCAAUUGGUAUGUGAUCCCUCUGGAGUGGUGGUGGAUACUGCAUUGAAAGAACUGCUUCCUGCAGUUAUAAAGUGGGGAAACAGACUAGAACACAUUUUAAGAGUUCUGCUUUCCCACAUCUUGAGCUCUGCUCAGCAUUGUCCUCCUCUCUCGGGGGUUGAAGGCUCUAUGGAAUCACAUCUACAUGUUUUAGGGGAACAUGAGCGCUGGAAUAUUGAUGUUUUAUUAAGAAUGCUGGUGGAAUUGCUUUCCUCUGUGCACCAGAAAGCAGUUGAGACUUGUCCUUUAUCUUCAGCGCCAGAGUCAAGGGACAUGAUGUUCUCUACCUCCUUGCUUGAAACGUAUGCAAGGGAACAUGCUGAAUGGCCAGCAUUUGAUUGGAUGCAUGUCGAUUGCUUUCCUGAUCUGAUACAGCUCACCUGCAUGUUACCUCAGAAAGAAGAUAGUUUAAGAAUUAGAACUACAAAGUUUUUGCUGGCUGUAAGUGAAUACUUUGGGGAUUCUUAUCUGGUACACAUAAUGCUGCCCAUAUUCUUGGUAUCGGUUGGAGAUAAUGCUGAUUUGUCAUUUUUCCCUUCUGUCAACCAUCCAAGAAUAAAAGGUUUGAGGCCAAGAACUGCUGUUGCUGAGAGGCUUGCUACUAUGUGCGUGUUGCCACUGCUUUUGGCUGGUGUUUUAGGUGCCCCCAGCCAGCAUGAACAGUUAGCAAACUACUUGAGAGGGCUGCUAGUUGAUGGCACCCUGAAAGAGAGUCGGUCAACAAAGCACACUGUUGAGAUUAUUGAUGCUGUUCGGUUUCUUUGCACAUUUGAGAAGCACCACAGUAUCAUUUUCGAUAUUUUAUGGGAAAUGGUUGUCAGCUCCAACAUAGAUAUGAAAAUCAAUGCUGCCAACCUUUUGAAAGCCAUUAUGCCAUAUAUUGAUGCGAAAGUUGCUUCCACUCACGUUUUGCCCGCGCUGAUCACUCUUGGCUCUGACCCAAACCUGAAUGUUAAGUAUGCCAGCAUAGAAGCAUUUGGUGCUGUUGCACAGCAUUUCAAAAAUGACAUGAUUGUUGACAAGAUACGUGUCCAAAUGGAUGCGUUUCUUGAAGAUGGAUCCCAUGAAGCUACUAUUGCUGUGGUCCGUGCUUUAUUGGUGGCAGUACCACAUACAACAGACAAACUUAGAGAUUAUCUCCUUUCCAAGAUAUUUCAGUUUACAGCGUUGCCAGCUUCUGUAAGUGAUGUGACGCGUCGCCGUGAGAGAGCUAACGCAUUCUGUGAAUCAAUCCGUGCCCUGGAUGCUACAGAUCUUUCUGCAAAUAGUGUAAGGGAAUUUCUCCUUCCUGCAAUACAAAACCUGUUAAAAGACUCGGAUGCGUUAGAUCCAGCUCACAAAGAAGCCCUAGAGAUAAUAAUGAAGGAAAGAUCUGGUGGAGCUUUAGAUGCUCUUAGUAAAGCGAUGGGUUCUCAUCUUGGGCUAGCAUCAUCAGUCAGUAGUUUCUUUGGAGACAGUGGGCUGUUAGGGAAGAAAGAAGCUUCGGAGCCUGUAUCACCGCAGCCUGACUCUCCGAAGGCUUUGCCACCCCUUCAAGCGGAAGACACAAGAUUCAGGCGUAUCAUGAGAGGUAAUUUCUCGGAAAUGCUUAGAGGUAAAACAAAGGGCCUAGAUGAAACAAACCCUAGCCAAUAAAUUACGUGAACCCAUGGGAUGGUGCGUUGCGGGUGCCCUUGUUUUCCAUCUCCCGCACGAGGUCUUUGAUUUUAUUCCCCAAUAUACGAGGUUUUGAGGUGGGUGACCUUUUCAACGUACAAUUUUUUACUUCUUUUCAAGGAAUUUACGUUGUAUAGGUGAAACAGGAUGAAGGGUAGAUUGCAAUUGAUGUGUGAAUGUUUCUACAACCAGUAGCUGCAGAAAGGAAGAAAAUAAUCCAUAAUAUUUUUUAGUCACCAAUAUUUCUACUUCCUGCUAUGUUAUAUGCCUAGUGAAUAAAUUGAAUUGUACCCUUCCUUGGAAAAA